AUGGUCACCAUCAAAGAUGUUCGAGAUUCUAAUGCCACUUUCAAAGCUAUAGCUACUCCUGGUAUGGUUGCCGUCUUUGGUGCAACAUCGGGUAUCGGAAUGGGUACGUUGAAAGCAUUUGUCAAGUACGCAAAUGCUCCGAAAGCAUAUAUAAUUGGACGAUCAGAAUCAGCUGCGGGUCGUCUAGUCAACGAUCUGAGACUCUCAAAUCCAUCAGCAACACUGUGUUUCCUUGAAGGCGAAAGUUCUCUAAUCAGGGAAGUGGAUAGACUAUGCGAUGAGGUCAAAAGCAAAGAGGAGGAAGUUGAUUUCGUAUUCCUAAGUGCAGGUUGCUUGUCCUUUGAUGGUCGGACCGGUACAUCCUCGUCAUUGUCCCUUCUUUACCAUUGACAUUAUCCAGAAUUAUCUGAAGGAAUCGAAAUUCCUCAAUCUCUCCGUUACUAUUCUCGCCUCCGCUUUGCCUACGAUUUACUCCCUCUCCUGCAAGCAGCACCCAACCCCCUGUCAUUUCAAUCCUAGCGGGUGGUCGAGAGAAAUCUAUUGAUCUCAACGACCUCGAAAUGAAGCAAAAUUUCACCAUGAUGGAAGCUGCUGCAAUGGAACAACUCAAACAACUCUAGCUUUCGAAGAACUUGCGAAAUCUAGCCCUCGCAUUUCUUUCAUUCACAAGUAUCCGGGAUUCGUUGAUACUGGAGCGGUUGGUAGAUUGAUGUCUUCUACGACGGAAUUUUAUGCUAUUUUAGCAACCUUUUUAGAUUAGUGAUAUUACCUGUUCUCAAUUUAUUUGCAAUGAGCGUGGAGGAAGCGGGCGAAAGAGGAUUAUUCUUAGCUACUAGUGCAAGGUAUCCGCCUGCCGAACCAAGAGAGGGAGAUGUCUCAGGGCUGGAAUUUCCUGCUCGUGUGGAGGUCACAAGGAGUUCGGUAGCAAAUGAUAAUGGAGGCCCAACGGGCUUUACAGACUUAAGGCAGAUGGUGAGUC